CAUGGACAAACGUCGCCGAAAACAAGCCAAGACAGUCGACAAUGACUCUGAAGAAGUGAGUAGCAUUGAGUGGGAAGUUAUAAAAAUGACAGAACAAGAAGAAGAUCUCAUCUAUAGGAUGUACAGACUCGUCGGAGACAAGUGGCAUUUGAUAGCAGGGCGUAUUCCAGGACGGACAGCCGAAGAAAUAGAGAGAUUUUGGAUAAUGAGAAAAGGUGAAGGUUUUGCGAGUCUCAGACUUCAAAAAGCUACUUAA